ACACACACACCGACAAGUUUCACAUCGGGCGGCUUGUAACGUUUGUCAAAGAAAUUUAAUUAGUUCGUACCAACGAUGAACUUUUACGCCAGGAAAAAGCCGAUCCUGCAGUCAACACAUGUACAAGACGUCUAAAGAAUUCUUGCGUAGGAGGCGAGAAGUUUCACGUGAACAACUCUCUUUGAGUCGCUCCUCUCAAGUCGGAGAUUGCAGUAGAUGUCAAAGGCUUACCUACCACGAGCUUGUUUAUCUCGCAGAUUUAGAAUUAUUAACAAUUUGUAGUGACCGUCAGUCGCUAGCUCGAGCACCGUAAUGUCAGAGCAGUCACCGCUGGUGUCGGACGACCACAAACUUGAAUCAGAAGAGUCAAGUCCUCUCUUACCGCACUCGCCUCUAAUAAGAAUGACCAGUCCGGUCGAGUCCUGGAAUGUGAACGAAUCUAGUGAAGACUUUCACUUGCUGUCAAAGACUGGACACAGAGUCAGGAAUGUAGAGCUUUGUGGUUAUGGCGCAUGCGGUACCGACACCGUGUUCGCAGGCGGUGAUCAUGAUGACCUACAAGAGAGGUCGACGUCCGUGCUGACGAGGAGGAGAACUGUUGUGUGUGUCAGUGACGACUGCUCUACAGAUCUCGUUCACUGCCACCAACGUGAAGUACCCGGCGACGUGGAUAGAGUGGCGAGAAGAAAACUGAUCGUAGCCAUUAUGCUGGUAUUCGUUUUCAUGAUCGUUGAAAUUUUGGGAGGUUUGUUUUCUGGAAGUUUGGCGAUUAUGACUGAUGCAGCUCAUAUGAUGUCAGACUUGGCUGGAUAUGUCAUCAGUUUGUGCUCCAUGUGGCUUUCCGGACGGAAACCAACGAAGAAGAUGUCGUUUGGCUUUCAUAGGGCUGAAAUAGUUGGUGCUGUCAUCUCUAUACAGAUUAUAUGGAUUAUGUCUGGGAUUCUUGUUUAUGAGGCUGUGCUUCGGGUCGUUCAUCGUGAUUAUAAGAUUGAUGCUGAUAUUAUGCUAAUAACUGCAGGCAUUGGUGUGGCGGUGAACAUAAUUGUUGGUAUUGCACUGCGACCUCCUCAUGGUCAUGGCCAUUCUCAUGGCUCUAGCUCUCAUGGUCAUAGUCACGGCACAAAAAAGCAUAAUCACAAACCCGAGAAUCUCAAUGUUCGAGCAGCUUUCAUCCACGUGGUUGGCGAUUUGUGUUUUAGCAUAGGCGUACUAUUAGCUGCUUACAUCAUUAAAUACAAGCCGAGCUGGUCUCUGGCCGAUCCCAUUUGCACGUUUGUCUUCUCUGCUGUGGUCAUGAUUACGACAUUCAGAGUAAUGAAGGAUGCAGUGCACGUCCUAAUGGAAGGAACGCCUCCUCAACUGAGCUUUGAUGACAUUACUGUUGACUUGCUGAGUGUUUAUGGAGUUAUUGCGGUGCAUAACAUGCAUAUUUGGUCUCUUACCACAGAUAAAGCGGCACUUGAUGUCCAUCUGGCUAUAAACCCUGAUAUACAUGGUCAAGAUGUACUCGACCAAGCAGUGAAGAUUCUGGUUGGCAAAUACAAACUAUACAAAACCACUGUCCAAGUGGAAUCUUACAGAACGACCAUGGAAACUUGUCAGAGGUGCAAAGAUCCUAAGAAAUAGAGCAAAUUGUACACGACAACAAAACAAGUCUCAAUCAAUGGACAUGAACUGUAUGUCGUACGUACUCUUUAACAUAGAACACACGCAUACUAUCAAAUGGCGCCCCAUACA